AAUAAUGACAUUAUCAACAACAGUGUAUAAACAUUUCAUCUUUUCAAAGAGAGAUCUAGAUAUAAAAGAUGAAUAAUAAAACUUUUUUUUUCUAUUCACUGUAUGAUUUCCUGCAGAAUACGCGUUUAAUCCUAAAUUCUAAAACAAAAUAGCAAUUAUAAUAGUAACACCUGAUUAAUUUCCGCAAGGUUCAUUUUAUAUUGUCUGAUCAAAAAAUCAAUUUCUAUGAAGAUCCUACUACUAAAAUUGUGUGUCUUUUCUCUGACAGGUUGCAUGCUACGGAUAACAGGAGAGCAGCUCUACUUACUGAGGGAGGCAAAUCAUUUAUAGCAGUUGGCAGAGAAAUACAAAGAUAGACAUUUUACAUACACAACAGAAGUCAUUGCCCAGGGCAUUUUAAAAAAUAAAAUGACAGCUUGUCAUGAUCUAGAAUUCGUUUCGAGGGAAGAAUGGGGCGCUAGAGAGCCGAAACACAUAGAAACAAUGGCUACUCCAGUUCCUCAUUUAUUUAUUCACCAUACUGCAAUGGGCGAGUGUUUUCAUUUUGAAUCCUGCUGUAAAAUGAUGCAAACAAUACAAAAUUUUCACAUGGAUGAUAGAGGAUGGGAUGAUAUUGGUUACAAUUUUUUAAUUGGAGGUGAUGGGAAAGUAUAUGUUGGGCGAGGAUGGAACAGAGUAGGUGCCCAUACCUAUGGAUACAACAGAAACGCAGUAGCUUUAAGUCUCAUGGGUGAUUUCUCUAACAAGGAACCAUCAAGUGUGAUGUUGAAUACAACAAAAAGUCUAAUCCACCAUGCGAUGUCUGAGAAUUACGUAAUGGAAAACUUCAAACUUCAUGGACAUAGAGAUGCUGGACCAACAGAAUGUCCCGGUACUGCUCUUUACAACAUUAUUAAGCAGUGGCCUCACUUUCAAGGUGGACCUCUAGCUAACUACCGUAGAGUCUGAAAUAAUGCUGGAAUUCACUAUUCUUUGGUUCCUAAUAUACCCUAUUUUUAUAAAAUUAGCUGUUCUUUGCUACCUAAUAAACCCCAUUUUUUUAAAAUACACUUUUUAAAUUUAUUAUUGUAUAAACCAUUUUUGUAAAAUACUUUGUUAAACUUUGUUAUUGAAUAAACAAUUUUUGUAAAAUAUACUGUUUAAACUAUGUUAUCCAAUAAACCAUGUUUGCAAAAAUA